AUGGCUCCAACAUUCACCAAUUCCAACGGUUGUCCAAUUCCUGAACCUUUUGCCACUCAAAGAGUGGGUCAACAUGGUCCUUUAUUAUUACAAGAUUUCAACUUGAUUGAUUCUUUAGCUCAUUUUGAUAGAGAAAGAAUCCCUGAAAGAGUUGUUCAUGCUAAAGGAUCAGGAGCUUAUGGAGAAUUUGAAGUCACUGAUGACAUUACUGAUAUUUGUGGUGCUAAAUUCUUAGAUACUAUCGGUAAAAAGACCAGAAUCUUCACUAGAUUUUCAACUGUAGGAGGAGAAUUAGGUUCUGCUGAUACUGCUAGAGAUCCAAGAGGUUUUGCUACUAAAUUUUAUACCGAAGAAGGUAAUUUGGAUUUAGUCUAUAACAACACUCCAGUAUUCUUCUUAAGAGAUCCUUCUAAGUUUCCUCAUUUCAUUCACACUCAAAAGAGAAACCCAGAAACUCAUUUGAAAGAUGCCAAUAUGUUUUGGGAUUAUUUAACCACCAAUCAAGAAGCUACCCAUCAAGUUAUGAUUUUAUUCAGUGAUCGUGGUACUCCUGCUAGUUACAGAGAAAUGAAUGGAUAUUCUGGUCAUACUUAUAAAUGGUCCAAUAAACAAGGUAAAUGGCAUUAUGUUCAAGUACAUUUCAUUGCUGAACAAGGAAUUAAGACUUUAAAUAAUGAAGAAGCUGGACAAUUAGCAGGUUCUAAUCCAGAUUAUGCUCAAGAAGAUUUAUUUAAGAAUAUAGCUGGUGGGAAUUAUCCUUCUUGGACUUGUUAUAUUCAAACCAUGACUCAAGAACAAGCUAAACAAGCCCCAUUUUCAGUAUUUGAUUUAACUAAAGUAUGGCCUCAUAAAGAUUAUCCAAUGAGAAGAUUUGGUAAAUUUACAUUGAAUGAAAAUCCAAAGAAUUACUUUGCUGAAGUUGAACAAGCAGCUUUUGCUCCUUCUCAUACUGUUCCAUAUAUGGAACCAUCAGCUGAUCCAGUAUUACAAAGUAGAUUAUUCUCUUAUGCUGAUACUCAUAGACAUAGAUUAGGUCCAAAUUAUACUCAAAUCCCAGUAAAUUGUCCAGUUGCUGGUACGGUAUUUAAUCCUCAUAUGAGAGAUGGGGUUAUGAAUGUUAAUGGUAAUUUAGGUAAUCAUCCAAAUUAUUUAGAUACUUCCAAACCAGUUGAAUUCAAAACUUUCAGUUUACAAGAAGAACAAGAAGUUUGGGAAGGUUCAGCAUGUCCAUUCCAUUGGAAAUAUGAUGAAAAAGAUUUCAUUCAACCAAAAGAAUUAUGGAAAACUUUAGCUAGAUAUCCAAACCAACAAGCUCAUUUAGCUCAUAAUCUUGCUGUUCAUGUUGCUGGGGCUGAUGUACCAAUUCAAGAUAGAGUGUUUGAAAUGUUUGCUAAGGUUCAUCCUGAUUUGAGUAAUUUGAUUAAGAAGGAAGUUUUGGAGAUCAGUCCAAGAAAGUAG